UUUGAUUCAAAGAUGUAGUUAUCUGUUUUACGCAAAUGGAGUAAUACUCACUCUAUUGCUUUAUCUAAAAGUCGUCGUUUAUCCGUUUCUCUUUCCUAUUUUACCAGAUUUCGUCUUUCCUCAGAGAAAAUAUAGGCUUUAUCUUCAACAUUAUAUUCAUAUUAAAAUCAUUUUGGAUAAGAAUGGCCACCUACGUAUGUCCUUCCUAUAUAUUACCCCAUCUUCCAACCAACUCAAACAUUCAUUAUCCAUUCCUACGUUUAUCCUACCUGCUGAUUUCAAGAUUCGCUUUUUUAGUGAGAGAAAAUGUUGGGUGUAUUCAAGAAUGGUGUGGUGAACCCCCCACAGGAGUUGUAUAGCCCAGCUUCAACCAUGGCUUCCAAGAGCCCAGAGGAGACUUUGAAGGAUUUCUUAGCUUCAAAUCCCAGCAAUGGCUUCUCCCUUGAGUUUUCAGACAAGGGUUUCUUGGCAUAUGCCUCACCUCAACGCCAGCUCAUGUCUCAGCAAAGGCUGUUUUGCAGUUUGAAUGAUGUGUACUGCAUUUUCCUUGGGAGUUUGAACAAUUUGUGCACACUGAACAAGCAAUAUGGGCUGUCAAAGAUUAGCAAUGAGGCCAUGUUUGUUAUUGAGGCCUACUGCACUCUAAGGGACAGGGGCCCCAUACCGGCCCACCGGGUUCUCAAGGACCUCGAGGGCGAUUUCGGGUUCGUGAUCUAUGACCACAAGGCUGGAGUUGUGUUUGCUGCCAAUGGUGGUGAUAAGUCAGUGAACCUUUUCUGGGGCAUAGCUGGUGAUGGGUGUGUGAUGAUCUCAGACAAUGUAGAUGUUGUGAAAGCAAGCUGUGGAAAAUCAUAUGCUCCAUUCCCAGCAGGGUGUAUGUACCACAGUGAGAGAGGGUUGAUGAGCUUUGAGCACCCAAUGAAGAAGAUGAAAGCAAUGCCUAGAGUUGAUAGUGAGGGAGCAUUGUGUGGUGCUUACUUUGCAGUUGAUGCCUAUUCUAAGGUUAACCCCACCAUGCCUAGAGUUGGGAGUGAAGCUAACUGGGCCACCUGGGGCUGAUCACCCUGGUCCGACACUUACUAACCGAGCCUAAACGAACUUUCUUGAUUUGCUUUAUUUUUCAUUAUUUAUUGCCAUGCUUUCUUCUUCUUCUUCCUUAACUUGGUAGUAGUAUGUAGUAUGUAAACGUGAUCUGAGCUGAGGAGCUUCGACUUUGUAAUGAAACUAGUUGUUUGGUUGUAAUGUGCUUUCUCUUUCCACUUCAUUUUUAAUUGGAAACACUUCAAAAAUUACAAA